AUGGACACAAUUAAACCACGGCCGCCGUUUUGGACGUUUGAUUCGCCGUUGAUAUAUAUAUUUGGUGGGAUAACCUUGCUUCUUGUUCUGAUAAUGGUGGCGUUGUUGAUGGUGAUAUAUACUGAUCGGAACCGGCGAUUGGCUGCCGGUGGUGAUCGAAAUUUGGAAGGUGGUGGUGGAUCUCUGAAGAGGAUGUACGAAGCUGCUAAUGAAGCAGAUGUCAGUCCAAAAAUCGUGGUGAUUAUGGCCGGAUAUGAACUUCCGACUUACUUAGCAACUCCCACCGACGUCCUCCGCAACGCCACCCAUAUCAUUUCACAAUUCCUAAUUCAUUAG